AUGAGCAACCGUCCUGAUAUCACGCUGUACACAGCGCAAACCCCAAACGGGAUUAAAAUCUCCAUUGCGUUGGAGGAACUAGGACUCCCAUACAAAGUCGAGAAGAUUGAUAUUAGCAAGAACACCCAGAAGGAACCCUGGUUCCUCGAGAUAAACCCCAACGGCCGCAUCCCCGCUAUAACAGACACCUUCUCAGACGGCCAAAAGAUCCGCCUCUUCGAAUCCGGCGGCAUUCUCACUUACCUCGCCGAGCAAUACGACAAAGACUACAAAAUCUCAUACCCGCGCGGAACCCGCGAAUACUACGAAACCAUCAACUGGCUGUACUUCCAAAACGCCGGAGUCGGUCCUAUGCAAGGCCAGGCGAACCAUUUCUCGCGGUACGCGCCAGAGCGCAUCGAAUACGGAGUGAACCGGUACGUCAAUGAGACGAGGCGGCUGUACAGCGUGCUCGAUAAGCAUCUCUCCGAGUCGAAGAGUGGGUAUCUCGUCGGGGAUCACAUUACCAUUGCGGAUAUUUCGCAUUGGGGAUGGGUUGCUGCUGCCGGGUGGGCUGGGAUUGAUAUUGAGGAGUUUCCCCAUCUGAAGGCUUGGGAGGAGAGAUUGGCGGCUAGGGAGGGUGUCGAGAAGGGGAGGCAUGUGCCCACUCCUCACACUAUCAAGGAGCUGUUGAAGGAUCAGAAGAAGCAGGAGGAGGAAGCCGCCAAGGCGAGGGCUUGGAUCCAGGAGGGGAUGAAGGGGGAUGCUGCUAAGUAG